AUACCCCUUGGUGAAAUUCUUGGUCGUGCCGGUGCUAUCAAAUCCUCUUUACUUAUUGUGAUCAGUAAUUUAUUUUCUUUAUCAAGAUUAUAAAUCUCGCUUUAUAGGGUUACCAUACCACAGUAUGGAUAUAUAGUGUAAAAGUUUGGCGGGUCAAGACAAGGCCCGAUUCACGCACGAACGUUUAAAUUUCAGUUCCAACGGUUCGAACUGUAAAGCCAGCUAAACGAGCAAUGAUUGUAAGGCCGUGUUUUAAAAAAAUAAGGCCUCUCCUGCAUUUCACUAAUCCAUUAGACAUCCAUUAUUGUUCUCAUUCGCAGGCCAUUGAUUUGGCAGCAGAAACUCAAGCUGAAUCAACUGCAUGUUCAGAUUAUCGCCACGUGCACCACCUGUUUGAUGAAAAUCCACAGAGAGUUUCUCUGAACAAUCACUUGCUUUUUGAGUACUCUAGGAACAGUUUCAAUGAAGAGGCUCUGAAUCUUUUUGUUGGUGUUCAUCGUACAGGACUUUUGAUUGAUGGGUCUAGCCUUUCUUGUAUAUUGAAGGUCUGUGCAUGCCUGUCUGAUCUAACUUUUGGUAAACAAGUGCAUGCUCUCUGUAUAAGAUCCGGUUAUUUUGACAAUGUUAGUGUUGGGACUUCACUUGUUGACAUGUACAUGAAAAUGGAGAACGUGGAUGAAGGUCGGAGAGUGUUUGACGAAAUGGAGGACAAGAAUGUUGUGACGUGGACUUCGUUGCUUUCGGGUUAUUCGUGCAAUAAGCUGGUUGAUAGAGCGUUACAAGUGUUUCAUAUGAUGUUAGUUGGAGGAGUUAAUCCUAAUGCGUUUACUUUCGCAACAGUUCUUGGAGUUUUGGCCGAUAAAUGUGCAGUUGAAAAAGGAAUUCAAGUGCAUACUAUGGUUAUCAAGUGUGGUUUUGAGGUGAUAACAUCUGUGGGAAAUUCUUUGAUCAAUAUGUAUUUGAAGUCUGGGAUGGUUAGAGAGGCCACAGUUGUAUUUGAAAGUAUGGGAAAUAGGAAUGAAGUGUCUUGGAAUGGCAUGAUUGGUGGUCUUGUGACUAAUGGGCUUUAUUCUGAAGCAGUUAAGUUGUUCCACAUGAUGAGACUUGCAGGUGUGGAACUGACGCGGUCGAUCUAUGUUACGGCUGUCAAAUUAUGUACUAAUCUUAAAGAAUUGGUUUUUGCUCGGCAGCUUCAUGGUCGCGUUACGAAGAACGGGUUCUAUUUAGACAAUAAUAUUAGAACGGCACUCAUGGUCUCUUAUACUAAGUGUGGGGAAAUGGAUGAUGCCUUCAACUUAUUCUCUAUGAUGCACACAUUCAGGAAUGUGGUUUCUUGGACAGCAAUGAUUGGGGGGUAUAUGCAGAAUAAUAGACCAGAGCAAGCAGCAAAUCUCUUUUGCCAAAUGAAGAAGGAUGGUAUUAGACCAAACGAUUUCACGUAUUCAACUAUUCUUGCUGCUCAACCCUCUAUUUCUUUGUUCCAAGUACACGCAGAAAUUAUCAAAACCAAGUACGAAGGUUCACCUACUGUAGGAACUGCAUUAUUAGACGCAUAUGUGAAAACAGGAAAUAUUGGUGAGGCUGCUAAAGUUUUUGAAGAGAUUGAUGAGAAGGACAUCAUUGCUUGGUCUGCUAUGUUAUCUGGUUAUGCUCAAAGAGGAGACAUUCAAGGUGCUGUGAGAGUUUUCCGGCAAUUAUCCAAAAGUGGGGUUUGGCCAAAUGAGUUUACCUUCUCCAGCGUCAUCAAUGCAUGCACUACUUCCAUGGCAUCAGUGGAGCAAGGAAAACAAUUUCAUGCAAGCUCAAUAAAAUCAGGUUAUAGUAAUGCUUUCUGUGUGAGCAGCGCCCUGGUUACUAUGUAUGCUAAAAGAGGGAACAUAGAAAGUGCAAAUGAGGUUUUCAAGAGACAGAAAGAAAGAGACUUAGUCUCAUGGAACUCAAUGAUAUCAGGAUAUGCACAACAUGGUUAUGGCAGAAAAGCACUAAAGAUAUUCGAGGAAAUGCGAAAAAGGAAUUUAGAAAUGGAUAAUAUAACAUUCAUUGGAGUUAUUUCUGCCUGUACUCAUGCAGGACUACUGAAUGAAGGUCAAAAGUAUUUUGACAUGAUGGUAAACAACUUACAUAUUUCUCCAACAAUGGAGAUCUACUCUUGCAUGGUAGACUUGUAUAGCCGAGCUGGUAUGCUGGAUAAAGCCAUGGCUAUUAUCAAUGGGAUGUCAUUUCCUGCUGGUGCCAUCGUAUGGCGUACUCUUCUGGCAGCAAGCCGAGUUCACCGCAAUGUUGAGCUUGGGAAACUUGCCGCAGAUAAUCUUAUUUCCCUUCAGCCACAGGACUCAGCUGCAUAUGUCCUCCUAUCUAAUCUCUAUGCUGCAACUGGAAAUUGGCAAGAAAGAGCAAAAAUAAGAAAAUUAAUGGAUGUGAGAAAAGUUAAAAAGGAGAUUGGUUAUAGCUGGAUUGAGGUUAAGAACAAGACCUACUCAUUCAUGGCGGGUGAUGUGUCACAUCCCUUAGCUGACAGUAUAUACGUGAAACUUGACGAGCUUAGUGUCCGACUGAAGGAUGCAGGAUAUAAACCAGAUACAAAUUAUGUUCUUCAUGAUGUGGAAGAUGAACAUAAAGAAGCCAUUCUUUCUCGGCACAGUGAAAGGUUAGCUAUUGCUUUUGGAUUAAUUGCCACAUCUCCAGGAAUUCCCAUCCAGAUUGUCAAGAAUCUCAGAGUCUGUGGUGACUGUCACACCGUUAUUAAACUAAUAUCGAAGAUAGAGGGAAGGGAAAUCGUUGUCAGGGAUUCAAAUAGAUUCCAUCACUUUAAAGGAGGUCUAUGCUCUUGCGGUGAUUAUUGGUGAAUUCAAGCUCUUCAAAAGAACUAAGAGAUAGCAGCAUUUCACUGUUGAUGCUUGUAGAAGCAAAAGCGAGCUUUAGUCAGAGGCGGACCUAUGUUGUAGGUUGAGGGGUCACAGGACCCCGUUAGUCUCGACAAAAACCCUGUAUAUAUAUAUGGGACCCCUUAAAAAUUUUACCUGUGACCCCAGAAACUAAAAGGCGAAUGGCAGAAGUGGUUGAUCAGUCGCUUCAGUUCCAUUCAUUAUCAGAACAUAACGAGGGUUCAAGACCAACUUCAGCUUCUUUCGCCUCUUUUUUAUCUUUUUUUUCCUCUUUUGUAUUUUAAUUCUCGUUUCUCCUCCGUUCUAUCUUAGUUAUUUUUUCUCCUCCUUUCUAUUUUAGGGUUCUUUUUUCUCCUCCUUUCCAUUUUAGUUCUUUGAAUACAACGUAAUUUAUAUUUAAUAGCAAACUACUUUAUUUUUUAUUCUUAUCUUUUUUUGAAUUCAAUUAUAGUUUAUUUCU